AUGACCGCCGGUUGCACCGGUGGUUUAUGUCCAAGUCCAACAUCUCCAUCUACGUCGAGUCAAUCGGGAAGUUUAGCGAGUAGUAGUUGCCCUGCCACUGCCACUCCUCAACACGAGCCAUCCAGCGAAAAAACUCCUCAUUCAGAUUCAAUUCACAGCCUCAGCAGUUUUACAUCGGUUACCUCGAAAAAUUCAAUGUACAAUAUAAAUAGCACGAUACCCUCCGGUUUGGAUCCUGAUUGUUGCGUUUCGACAAUUGCGACUUCUUCUGGGUGUAGACUCAUGGUACCGGGGUCAGGGGUUACAUUAACAGUGCCCGAUGGUUCUUUGACCCGAGGACAAAAGGAGGAAAUGUUUGUUGCAGUUUUAAGAGAGGACAGACAUCGUCCGAAACUUUCAGAAAAACAAACUCAAUUGAGUCCAGUUGUUUUGUGCGGGCCAAAUGGUUUAAUAUUUAAAAAACCGGUUAUAAUUAAUUUUCAGCAUUGUGCCAGUUUAAAAUACGGACACUGGUGUGUGAGUGUUUGGUGUUGUGAUUCUCCUUUGGAAGCCCCACCUGUUUGGCAGAGGUUAGUAACCUUAGGUGAAGAAACUAUAAACACCUCCAUGUUUACGCAGCUUGACAACGGCCAAGUUUAUCUUGUGACAGAUACUUUGAUGAGGUUUUGCCUCGUCGGUGAAUCUCUUCCUACGGGAAGAGCCGUUAAACAGCUUCGAUUGGCUGUUUUUGGACCACAAGUUUCUCAAGCCUUAGAUUAUAAUGUAAGAAUAUACACGGUUGAAGAUACGACGGCAGCUUUGCAGGGUGUUAUGGAAUUGGAAAAAAAACUCGGCGGUAUUCUUCUCGAUAAAACCAAGACAAUAUUAUUUCAAGAUAUGAGUGCUCCUUUAAUAUUAACACUUGAAGAUGUCGGUUCAGGAUGGAAAUUGAAACCUCAAUCCGAAACCGUAGAAAUUCCUUUUCAUCACAUUUGGAAUUCAACUCACAAUCAUUUACACUGUUCGUUUAAAAUAGAAAAAAUUGACAGAACCGUCGACAAUAUACAAUUUAGAAUAUUAGCCAGUCAAAGAGGUUCGCCAACGCAUCGCCAAAUAUUUAGAGUUAACACUGAAUUAAAAGGACCUCCGCCGAAAAACGUGACAAUCACGUGCAGUUCCGGUUAUAGUUCGAGUGUGGCUACAUUAGAAAAUUCAAAUCAACCGUUCAGACUUAACAAAACACUUAGGAAAAAAAUUUGCCAAUGUUUAGAUCCGCCGAACGCAAGAGGUAACGAUUGGAGGAUGUUAGCUCAAAGACUGAACGUUGAUAGUCCGACUGAACACAUUCUCGACUUAUGGGAAGCAAGACACAGAGAAUCAAAUGCCGUCACGGAUUUAUUAAAUACAUUAAGAGUCAUGGGUAGAAGUGAUGCUGCAUCCGUUUUGGAACAAGAAUCUGGAGCCUGGCUAUAA